UGCAGGGCCGGGCUGCGCUGCGCCGCGCUGCCCGCGCAAGAAGUUUGACCGCUACUGCGCGCCGUAGGUGGAGCAGCGCCCAGGAGGCGGCGGUCAGAGAUUGCCUCUCGGCAACACGGGCGCUUUCUCUUUCUUCUUCCUUCCUUUGCGGCUGGCGCCCUCGGGAGCUGCUGCGGAAAUGGCGCGGAGCCGGUUCGUGGUCGUGGGCGGCGGAAUCGCAGGGGUUACGUGCGCGGAGAAGCUGGCCAUGGAAUUCCCAUCAGAAGACAUUUUUUUGAUGACAGCUUCUCCAGUUAUAAAAGCUGUAACAAAUUUCAAGCAGGUCUCCAAAACACUUGAAGAAUUUGGUGUAGAAGAGCAACCAAGUUCUCUAUUAGAAAAACGAUAUCCCAAUAUCAAAGUUAUACAGUCUGGAGUAAAACAAUUGAAAAGUGAUGAACAUAAAAUUUUCACUGAAGAUGGGAAGGAAUAUGUGUAUGAAAAGCUUUGCCUGUGUGCUGGAGCAAAACCAAAAUUAAUUCUUGAAGGAAACCCAUAUGUCUUAGGAAUCCGGGAUACUGACAGUGCACAGGCAUUUCAGAAGAAUUUGGCCCAAGCUGAGAGAGUAGUAGUCGUAGGAAAUGGUGGGAUUGCACUUGAAUUAGUGUAUGAAAUUCAAGGCUGUGAAGUAAUUUGGGCUAUCAAAGACAAAGCCAUUGGGAACACUUUUUUUGAUGCAGGAGCAGCUGAAUUUCUCAUUCCAAAGCUAACUGCUGAAAAACGAGAGACUCCAAUUGAAUGUAAAAGAACCAAGUAUACAAUGGAAGAAAGUGAGGAAAAAGAAAGACCUCUAGCAGCAUCUGAUAAACUGGGCAGUGCCUUAGGCCCUGACUGGCAUGAGGGCUUACAUCUUAAAGGGACUAAAGAGUUUUCUCAUAAAGUACAUAUUGAAAUACUUUGUGAAGUAAAGAAAAUACACUCACAGCAAGAAUUUAUAGAACUGCAACAGACUUCUCUGACUUUUCCUAAAGAAGAGAAAAAUGCAGAACCAGAUGAAGUGCUGUGGCCUGUGUAUGUGGAAUUAACUAAUGGAAAAAUUUAUGGAUGCAAUUUCAUUGUCAGUGCAACUGGAGUUGUGCCAAAUGUUCAACCAUUUCUUGAUGGCAAUAACUUUGCUGUAGGUGAAGAUGGAGGUCUUAAAGUGGAUAAACAGAUGCACACCUCCCUGCCAGAUAUAUAUGCAGCUGGAGAUAUCUGCACGGCAGCAUGGGAACCUAGUCCAGUGUGGCAUCAGAUGAGGCUGUGGACUCAAGCUAGGCAGAUGGGAUGGUAUGCAGCAAAAUGCAUGGCAGCAGAUGUUUUAGGGGAAUCUAUUGAUAUGGAUUUCUGCUUUGAACUAUUUGCUCAUGUUACAAAAUUUUUCAAUUACAAGGUGGUGGUUUUGGGAAAAUACAAUGCUCAAGGCUUGGGUUUAGACCAUGAACUGAUGCUGAGAUGUACCAAGGGACAAGAGUAUGUUAAAGUAGUGAUGCAGAACGGCCGAAUGAUGGGAGCUGUGCUGAUCGGCGAAACGGACUUGGAAGAAACCUUUGAGAACUUAAUUUUAAAUCAAAUGGAUCUUUCAGCCUAUGGUGAAGACCUGCUGAAUCCAGAUAUCGAUAUAGAAGACUAUUUUGAUUGAACAAACCCUCAUUUCCAUUUUGUAUAAAGUUUUGAGUAAUGUGUCUUACCCAACUGUUUCCUUGGGAUCACCAGAAAUGAGGCAUUUUGUUUUGAUCUCAUCAGAAUACUGACUGGAAAAUUAAACUGUAUAGAAAUGCAGCAACAAAAGCAAAUGGAUUAGUGAUGGCAAAGAAUUUCCAUCUUGAUGAGAUGGACAUAGGAGAACAGGGCUGUAACAGUCUUAAAAAGUGGGCUUCACUCUGCUGUCGUAGUGCUGCAUUCAAGUAAAUGUAAGGCAGCCUUCACUUUUCAAAAGAAAAUAAUGUGCGAAAGCCUGUGCCUGCCUUGUAGCUCCCUUCUUCCCCAAGCCAUGUACAGAUCACCUGCUGUGGUUACCAGAGCUUGCUUUCCUCAUCGCUCAGGGCUGUGCCUGUUCCUCCUGUCAAGCUGUAAGCCACCUGUGUGAGCCAGGACACCAGCUUGGGACUUUGCAGAUAAGUGGGGGGGAGCCCCUGCUUCCUCAGACCACAUGCUGCAGUGCAAGCUGACACUGCAGCCAGUCAGUGCACUACCAACCCUGUCCACUCCUCCGCUGCUUAGAUUUGCAAGUACUUGCCGCAAGUUUCAAGACUGUUCUUUCCAGGUACUGCUGCCAUCUCUGCUGAGCUGACUGAGAUCAGAGGCCACCUUCAGGGCAGAGGGUGCUCAGAGCUCUCACUGCGUGGAAUGUGGUCUGCAAAUCCAUGGCACCAUGGAUGCUUGCUUGCUCUUUUUUUUUUUCCUUCCCUAAGUUUAUUUGUGAAAUAAAUGUACUGUCUAGUUGGCUAAGUAGAGAACACAGGAACUGUGAACACUGAAAGCCAGGAGAACUCAGUUGAGACAGUUGCUGUGGGGGUGUCAGGGCUGCAGUGUUGCCCUGUGGCCUCCAGGGCCUCCCCAGCAAGGCUGAGGAUACCCUUUUGCACAGGAGUCUCAUGUCCCAAGGGGAUUCUUAACAGACCAGGAUUACAGUCACCUCCUGACAAUGUUUAUGAGGACUGUUGUUUUGGCCCCUUUUUGCCCUCUCCUCCUUCCACUAUCAUGAAUAUUGGUUCCAGGCAGGAAUUUUUGCAGGUACUAAACUCCAAUUUGACUUGGGGUAACUAGUGACAAAGUGCCUAAGUUGCAAAGAGGGGUUUAAGCUGUUUCUCUUCAACUGUAAGUAGCACCCUGGCUGUACUCUCAGUUACAUGAGAUGCCCUUAAUAACAGUGAUGUAUAGGUACAGGGAAGGGACCUCUAAAGAUUAUCCAGUCCAACCCCCCUGCUCAAGAGGAUCCAUCUAGAUCAGGUCACUCAAGAACACAUCCAGGUGGGUUUUGAAAACCUCCAGUGAAGGAGACUCAACGUUCCUUCUUUUUUAGUUGCCAGGCAUAAUUUGGUGCCUAGGUGAGAAAGCCCAACAUUAACAAAUAGUUAAACUAUUAGUUAAUGCCCUCUCUCCAUAGUGCCAUCCCUGGACACAGGCUCUUUCAGAUUGGACUUUGGGUUUGUUGUACAAUUGCUACUUGGGAGUUGCUGUUUAUUUAGGGCCAAACUGAGAACACUUUGUUGUACUCCACAAGCUGCAAAGUUGACACUACACAUUAAGACUUCUCCCAGAAAAAUCACUCUCAUUGUUUUUUUCAAGAGAAUGACUGUCCAAUUAAAUUAAGCAAUUCCACUUUUGGCAGAGGCUUCAGUUAAAGAAGGGGUGAAAUACUAAGCUUUAGUACCUGACACGAUUCUACCAAAAAAAUGAAGAAAAGAGGAAGAGCAUGUUCUUAAUCAUGUUUGGGUUAUACUUAAGUUGGUAUACAUCUGUGUGUCUGGGACACAGGGGUCCAAAGUGAAGCCUACCAGAGUUUGGGAUUAUAAUGAGUUUGAACUUGCCUUAUGGAUCAGUGGCUGCUAAGAUCUUUUAAAAUAUAAAAUAAAUGAAGUCUGAUCUAUCAUUUGACCUCAUAUGUGCCUAAGCAAUGCUUGGAGUCAGCAGUAGCUGUUGGGUCUCUCCCACUCUGGUAG